CACCCCCGGGCUUACCGGGCAUCAUGAACGCGGGCAAGUGACAGCGGAGACUCGCUCCGGUGUGCAGAGCUCAGACAUGCCCAAGACCUGUGCCAAGGGCAGGGAGAUGGCAGAGCUGGCGAGCAGCCAGGCAUGGCUGGGCGAGGCGCUGAGUGCCAAGGAGGAGCCGGCGGCGCAGGACGGCAGGCAGGGACCUUUCGGCUUGGUGCCAGGCUUGGCAGAAGGGCAGGAGAGCAUCGAGGAGGAGGAGGAGGAGGAGGAGGAGGAGGAGGAGGGGGAGAAGCCCAGGAGGAGAGGCCCGAAGAGGAAGAGGAUGACGAAGGCGCGGCUGGAGCGGUGCCGGGCGCGGCGGGUGAAGGCCAACGCCCGGGAGCGCUGCAGGAUGCAUGGCCUGAACGAUGCCCUGGACACCCUGCGCAGGGUCAUGCCCUGCUACUCCAAGACGCAGAAGCUCUCCAAGAUCGAGACCCUGCGGCUGGCCAGGAACUACAUCUGGGCUCUGUCGGAGGUGCUGGAGACAGGGCAGACCCCCGAGGGCAAGAGCUUCGUGGAGAUGCUCUGCAAGGGCCUGUCCCAGCCCACCAGCAACCUGGUGGCAGGCUGCCUGCAGCUGGCGCCCCCGGCCCUGCUCCUGGAGAAGCAGGCGGAGAAGCCUCCUGCCUGCGAGCCCGCCCCCGGCCACCCCUUCAGCUACCAGUCGCCAGGGCUGCCCAGCCCCCCCUACGGCGCCGUGGAAGCUCACCUGCUGCAGCUGAAGCCCCCCCCGGCCUUCAAGAGCCUGGUGGAGGCUUCCUUCGGAGCCCACCCCUCUGACUGCACCUCGCCCCCCUACGAGGGGCCCCUGACCCCCCCCCUCAGCAUCAGUGGCAACUUCUCCCUGAAGCAGGAGGGGCCUCCGGACCCGGAGAAGUCCUCCUACCCCUUCCUGGCUCACUACCCCUCGGGCAGCCUGGCCGGGGGGCACAGCUCCCACUUCCAGAGCUGCCUGCCCCGCUACGAGGUGCCCAUGGACAUGGGCUACGAGCCCUACCCGGCCCCCGCGGCCGCGCCCCCGCUCAGCACCAUCUUCAGCGAGUAGAGCUGCGCCCGGGGGUCCUGACCUGCAGAGCAGCGACCUGGCUGCGGGGAGAGGCUCCCGAGCGCCUCCGCCGCCCCUUGGGUCC